AUGUGCACGGCUAUCGUUGAGUCCGGGCAGCCCGGGGGCUGCAGGGGGCCGUUCCCACGUGUGGGGGGUGAUGGAGCGGUCACAGCGAUGCAGCGCCGGGACCAGGAUGGAGACAACAUGGAAAAGGUGCUGGUCCCUUCUGUCACGUUAAUUGUAGGCUGUGGAGUAUCCUCGCUGACACUUUUGCUGUUGAUUAUCAUUUAUGUCUCUGUAUGGAGGCUGGGCGGCACUGAGCAGCGCCGGUACAUCCGCUCGGAGCGCUCCGUCAUCCUCAUCAACUUCUGCCUCUCCAUCAUCUCCUCCAACGCUCUCAUCCUGAUCGGGCAGACCCAGACCCGCAAUAAGGUGAUCUGCACGCUGGUGGCGGCUUUCUUGCACUUCUUCUUCCUCUCCUCUUUCUGCUGGGUGCUGACCGAGGCCUGGCAGUCCUACAUGGCCGUGACGGGCCGCUUACGGAACCGCAUCAUCCGCAAGCGCUUCUUGUGUCUCGGAUGGGGGCUGCCUGCCCUGGUGGUUGCCAUUUCUGUGGGAUUUACUAAAGCCAAGGGAUACGGCACCGUGAACUACUGCUGGCUGUCAUUAGAGGGAGGACUCCUCUAUGCCUUCGUGGGACCGGCGGCUGCUGUCGUUUUGGUGAACAUGGUUAUUGGCAUUCUGGUUUUUAACAAACUUGUAUCCAAAGAUGGAAUAACAGAUAAGAAACUGAAGGAACGGGCAGGUCAGAUGGCAGUGCCCCUUUACGGCAUGACGCUCAAAUGUUCCAAGUGUGGAGUAGUUUCUUCUGCUGAAGUUUCGGCCACAGCCACCAGUAACGCCAUGGCAUCCCUGUGGAGCUCCUGUGUGGUCCUGCCCCUGCUGGCUCUCACCUGGAUGUCCGCAGUCCUGGCCAUCACCGACCGGCGCUCCGCGCUUUUCCAGAUCCUCUUCGCCGUCUUCGACUCCUUGGAGGGAUUUGUCAUCGUCAUGGUGCACUGCAUCCUCAGGCGGGAGGUCCAGGAUGCUGUGAAGUGCCGGGUUGUGGAUCGUCAGGAGGAAGGGAAUGGAGACUCAGGGGGGUCGUUUCAGAACGGCCACGCUCAGCUAAUGACCGAUUUUGAGAAGGACGUGGACAUGGCUUGUAGAUCAGGUGAGCACAUCACAGUGCUGAACAAAGACAUCACCACGUGCAGAACCUCGACCAUCACGGGGACCCUGAAGCGCCCGUCGCUGCCCGACGAAGAGAAGCUGAAACUCAACCACCAGAAAGGCUCAUCCAACUUCAACAGUCUUCCAGCCAACGUCUCCAAGAUGCACCUUCAGGGCUCCCCACACUACCUGGGGGCCAUCAACCUGAACGAGUUCAGCAACCACUCCCUCACCCUGAAGAAGGACAAGAACCAGCCGCCGAAAUCCAUCUACAUCUGCGACGGCGACAUCUUCAAGAAGCUGGACUCGGAGCUCUCGCGGGCGCAAGAGCAGACCCUGGACACCAGCUACGUGAUCCUGCCCACCAACACGUCCACCCUGAGGGCCAAGCCCAAAGAUGAGAGCAAAUACAGCAUCAACAUCGACCAGAUGCCUCAGACGCGGCUCAUCCACCUGAGCAUGGCCACCGACCCCGGCUUCGUGGUCAAGAGUCCGCCGCGGGAGCCGGUGGCCAUGGCGUGCGGCGAGGUGCAGGGCUCCUCCAUGAUCCAGCAGCAGCAGCAGCUGGCUCCACAGAGCAUCUCCAACGAGGCACAGAUUCCCAACAGCCUGUGUGAUGCGGGUGACUCAGGGAACUCGGGCGUGGUGUCCAAGAGCGAGACCGUCUCCACCCUCUCCAUGAGCUCCUUGGAGAGGCGGAAAUCCCGGUACGCAGAGUUAGAUUUUGAGAAAAUCAUGCACACAAGGAAACGUCACCAAGACAUGUUCCAGGACCUGAACAGAAAACUCCAGCACGCAGAGAAGGAGAAGGAGUCUCCAACAACGGACAGCAAGCAAGAAAAACAGCAGACACCAAACAAGAGACCCUGGGAAGGCAUCAGGAAAGUCCAGUCCCCGCCAGCAUGGGUUAAAAAGGACAUCGAACCUGUGGCACAGUCUCCCCUAGAACUAAAAACUGUAGAGUGGGAGAAAACAGGGGCCACCAUCCCAUUGGUGGGACAAGACAUUAUUGACCUUCAGACAGAGGUCUGAGCAGAAAGGGAAGAAAAAGGACUUCUUUUUUUUUUCCGGAAAACAAACGAAACAAACAAAACAAAACCACGUUUUAAAGAAAUGAUUAAAUUAAAUCGGAACCGAGCAAGAGAAGUGUUUGGUUUCUUUUGAAACCUUUGGUAAGAUGGAGUAACUUUUGUAUUGUUCUCAGCAGAGAGGGGGAAUAUUACUUUAUAGAGUAUAGUAGCUGUAGGUUCAGGACAACACGAGCUUUCCCAGGCAGGACUGGAGGAGUGAGCCUGGAGGAGAGCGAGGAGGAAGAGGAGGAGGAGGAGGAGGGAAGGGGCUCCAGGGCACAAGAUCCUUGGACAUCCUGCCAAGAUGCUCUGUGGUUGCUGCCACACACCAGGAGCCCUCCUGCCCUGCCACGGGGAGGUGAGGAAGGACACCCAGCAGCCGCCACGGAGGGCCCAGAAGAUGGAGGUGGUUUGGGGACACCUGCAGGAGCCUCUCUGGGAUGUGGCCUGGAUGGGGCAGGCUCUUGCUCCCCCACCUCUCCCUCGCCAGCUCAUCCAAGAAGGAAGGAGAUGGGACACGCCAAGAAGUGGCCACAAGGACAUUGCCACUCCUGGGUGCCACGCCACGCCCUGGCAUUGGCGCAGGGUCACAGCGGAUCCCCGUGGAGGGGACGUGGUGGCAUCACCCCCAUCUCAUCGUGGUGAGGUGGGGCUUCCUCCUCUCAGCCCUCCCCGGUGGAGGAAAGGACCAGCUCCAAAUCUCCAAACCCUGCUCGCCCCAUCUCCAGGGAGAGGGUGGAAGGUGGUAGGCAACAAGACCAACAAGAAGAAUGUAGGUCAUGUCAUUGACUGUUAAAUAGAUAAACUCAGCACGGGCCUUGCAAAGGUCCUCUUGGCCUCAUCCUUUUUUUUUUUUUUUCUUUUUUUUUUUUCCUGUUCUGUUAUUUGUCCUUGCUUUCGGACUCAAGUUUAUUCCAGCUGCCCCUCCCUGGAAGGCAGAGAGAGAAAAAGGGAAAGACAGAUCUGCCACUGUACCUGGAGAUAUUGGUAAACAGAGACGUUGCCUUAGGACAUUGAGACAAACUGACAACAUGAAUAACGUCCACUUGGAAACAGAC